AGUUAACAUCAGUUGGGCGCGAUUGCUUCAACUGGUUGUACUACUGCUAUAUACUCUCCUACAGGAAAUGGGCGUCGUGAAGAUUGGGCCGUGGGGCGGCGAAGGGGGGCGCGACUGGGACAUCCCGGCGGCGAUGCCGCGGCCGCACCGCCUGGAGGCCAUCACCGUCUGCAGCAGCCUCGCCGUCGUGGACGCCAUCUCCUUCGCCUACAGGGACGAGCAAGGCCGGCGGCACCACGUCGGCCCGUGGGGAGGGAACGGCGGCGACCCCUACGUCGUUCGCCUCGAGCCGUCGGAGCUCCUGACGGAGGUCUCGGGGACGUUCGCCUACGUCGGGACGCAGCCGACGGACGCCGUGACUUCGCUGACCCUGGUCACCAGCCUCAGGAGGCACGGGCCCUUCGGGGAUGUGGACGGGACGCCCUUCAGCGUCCCCGUGCGCGACGGCGGCAGCAUCGUCGGUCUGUUCGGCCGCGGCUGGGCCUGGGAUUACAUCGGGGUCUACGUCCGUGCCAGCUGAUGCAUCCUCCAACUCCAAUUUUCGCCUAUCCGUUCUUUCGGACAUGAAUAAUUAGCUUGCUGCAGUGAGCGGAUACUGAAAAAAUAAGAUGGAUUGUUAAACUGCAGUGACAUGCAUCUACAGUACAUCUGUUUGGAUC